UAUAGCAUGAUGGCGUUUUUCACGCCAGCUAUGUUCGAAGAACAUUCGCAGUUGCAGAUCUUUUUCGAAAAUCAAUAUGAACUGUGCAAACAACAGAAGCAUUACACGCCGAAAAAAUCUGAAGCUGGAGAAAUUAAAGACAGGAAACGAAUUUCAGAACCCAAGGAAGAACCGAAAACUGCCGCUAAAAGACCUUUGGUUUAUUGCAAAUCGCCCAGUGAUACGAAAAACGUAAAAAAUGACCUAAAUUUAUCAUUUUACAAUGAAGCGGCGCUUAAUUUAAGUGGCUUUGAUCAUCCUGCUUCUUGGUAUCGAAAACACUUGACAAAGCACGCGAAAAAUUUCAAUGGACACGAUUUUCAUGACAAAAAUUCUUCGCAAAUUGGUGGUCUAACGCACGAGAAGUACUUGAAACUUUUUACAAAACACGGGAUGCGAUCGCCAUACGAACCGAAUUUGACAAAAGAGGAGAAAGAAGAACGAUUGGAGAUUCGGCGUCUCCAGGAAUUGGUCAAAUCGGAGCAACAGCAAUGCCAACAUGUUUAUGAGCGCAUCUCCAAGAGGACUAGAGGUGAAAAGUACUCGUCGUUUGCGAAAAGUAUCCCUAGUCUGUUCACGCAUCUGCUGAGAAAGCGAGUCGUGGCCAGCUUCGAACGACUACACGCAGUGUACGUCAAAGACAUUGAGUUUGACUUCUCUCAAAUGGUUUUUAGAGCUACAGAUCAACUUGGAUUCCAGCAUCCCGCAGUUAUCCGAGUUGAUGUAAUCUCUUCAUUAUCGCAACAAGCAGAAGGAACAGUCAGCUAUCCGCCACUUACGCAGGCAAAUUUAGCCAAUCCUGUUAUUCUGAACCAGCCGAAUCUUUUCGAUGUCGCGCUACGAAAGGUGGAAAAUUCUAUUCCUCAGAAGGGAGUCAUAAUAAGGCCUGAACAAAUCGGCCAUUUGUAUGUAAAUCAAGACACUCUUUUGAAUAUGAUCGACACGGUCUGUAUCGUAGAUAUCGACAUCCUGACACUACUAGGAAAGUUGCAUUGCUAGUUAAUUAUAAAUUUGACUUGGGUAUUACUUUUUGAAUAUUCAUGCUAAUUUUAUUUUUUCUGCAUGCAAAUUUCAAUUAAAUAAUAAUUUUUGGCUGUUUCUGUCAAAACCAGGGUCAGAUAAUUGAAAAAUUUUAGGCCUAUGUUGACUUCUGAUUCAUCGAACAAAAAUCAUAGAGGUGUCAUGAAUUAGUAUUGAUGAUGUGUCAAGACGAUCCUUGAUUGGGCUGGAGAAAGUUUCAAAAUCCUAACGAUAAAGUUCAUUUAGAAAAAAAACACCAGAUGCGCAUGAUUUUUUUUGAGAGGGAUUUUGCAAGUUGUUCGGCCCUUAAACCCAAAUAGGACACCAUUCUGUUAAAAAUUUCUGCACCGGAGGUAGUUUUUGAAAAAAAAAACGGGCCAAAAAUAACCUUUUUGAGCACUUAUUGAAAGGUUUUGUUGUGACCAAAAAAUUUGCGUUUUUGUCGGAGCGGGUUCGAUUCCAAGUUACUUCAAUUUUUCGCCAAAGGCGCCCUUAGAAAAUUAGGGUUAUUAAGACAUAAAUUGAUGUCGUAAACUAGUACCAAAAUUUGGCCCUUUGUAUAAAUUCGGAAACUAAAUCAGCUGAAUGGAACAAUUUUUGAAUGCUCUUUCCCCCUUCCACUUCAUUAAGAAUGAUAAUGUACAGCUGAUCGACAGUUUUUUUCUAAUUAGCAUGAACUGAUAUUUGUCGUUGCUUAAUUGUAAUAGUUAUCCCGGGGGUAGCUACUUGUUUCGCUGAACAGCCUGUUCUAGCUACCCUGAUGCAGUGAAUGAUUUUGCAGAUUGUACUUUCUUCACUGUCUCGAAUAAACGAUUUGAAGAAAGAAUUGAACAGUUAACCAUAUACGGUUUUUGUACCUCGUAAUGAAGUCCCCCCUCCCUUUGCAAUAGGGGUAAAUUGUUAACAAAAUCUCAUUUUCUUAUAAUUGUUAAGAUUGAGAUUUUUUGGCACGGAAGAUUUUCAAAAAUGCAACUAAGUAUAACCUUUUUCAUGAU